AUGCAAGGAGGAAUUCGUCGCGGUAACGAUUUGUUACCUCGCUAUAAUACACAGGGCCAUGGCAGGUCUAAGGGCGGAUGGCUUACAACGCCAAUGAAGAAGAUCAUAGUCUACUUGAUGCUUCUGUCUACUGUUUUCGUAAUAGUUCAAACGAUAAGGCUUGGGAAAGACGAUGAACAUGUUGAAUACGAGCUUGAUCGUGCCGUUGGAUCGAGUGGGAUUAACAGGGACGCGUUAGAAUCUCAAAUGGAUGCGGCAGAUGCUCUUUUAGAAAAAGCAGGUUCUGUGGCAGGUUCCGUAGCAGGCAAAGAUAUGGUUGCUCCUGGAGUGGCUGUUGGAGCUGCUGCAGGCUCUACUGAAGGCUCUGUGGGUUCAGUUGCCAGCAAUAAUAAAGAAGAGAAGAAAGAGAAGUUCAAUGAUGAGCUAGUUUCACCACAAGAUCUAUCCGAUAGUGCUCCAGUAGCAGCUAAAAAUUCGCAAAAUUCGAGAAACAACGUUGGCAAUGAUGUUAAAGCUGACAAACAGGGUACCAAGGGUAUAGAUAAGAAAGCACAGGAAAUCAAAGAAGCAGCUCCUUACAAAAAGGACGAAUAA